UCUAUGGAAUUACAAAUACCAAAUAAUAGCUUAGAAACCGUCACCACUGCUGCUGAUGUCGUCGUGCAUCGCUCUAAACGAUCUGACAAUGAACCAGCAUCGGCAACAACAUCAACGCCAACAAAUAGUCAAGGUAGUGGCGCCCCAGAGUUACCUCCAAUAGUAUCAGUGCAAAUCAAAGAUAACGAUCAUUUGGUCAAUUUGAAGUUGCAACAAACGCCAAAGUUAAUCGACGAUGCAUUCGUUUUUAUACGACGCUAUGCCAAUACAUCACAACUCGUGGAGAAUUCACAUAAGUUAGCGGAACGUUUAGAGAAAUGUUUUUAUCACAACGAGAAUUCGGCGUUGGAUUUGUGUGAUGGUGAAAAUGUGCGUGGCCUAUAUCAUCACAAUCAAACCGACUACAUAAUACAUCCACUGCCCGAACGUUUUGGCAAUAACACACACAUUAUACUCGAAUCCGAAUCGGAGUUAUACGAUUCCAUUUGGUCCAACUCAUCAUCAGUAUUAAAUGAAAAUAUACAAUUUGAACCGGAAAUGGAAGAAUUUAAUGAUUUAAAUAUCGAAACAAUGGCCGAUCUGGAAAAUACAACGCGUUCGACAAGAAAUAUUGAAAACGACCCGAGACAGGGACGCGAUCAUGCCAGAAAAUUACAUCACAAUCACAAUGUUGUACCUUUAAAUUUACGUUUUAAGCCACGACAUCAUCAUCAGCAACAUGGGAAUCAUCAGAGACAUCCUACAAAUGCUCAUAAUCAGCAUCACUCUGCAAAACGCCAUCAGGUUCAUCGUUCCCAUCAUCCAAAUAAACAACAUCACCAUAAUCAAAAACAACAACAACAACAUCAUCAUCAGCAGCAUUCUUUGCUUCCAACCAUGGACUCGGAAAAGGCGACCAAACGUGCUAGACGCUUCAUAUCCCCCGUCAAGGAAUGGUACAGCCCCUCUGAUGUUCUACACAUUGAGACGGCCAUUUUUGUCGAUACGGAUCUCUAUAAACAUAUGGCAAAGAAUUUUCCCAAAGAUACCAGCUCGCAUUUGAUACGUUUCGUAUUGGCGAUGAUCAAUGGAGUCCAAUUACUAUAUCAUCAUCCCUCUUUGGGUCGAAGAGUUAAUUUUGUUCUGAAACGUUUAGAGAUAUUGGAAAAAGAUCCCUUGGACUUGCCACGAUCAAGCGAUAUUGAUAUUUAUUUGAGUAAUUUUUGUAAAUGGCAGACGCGAUGGAAUUCGGCAAAAGAUCCAAAACUGCACUAUGAUCAUGCAGUCAUAUUAACGGUUAAACAUUUCGAGAGUGUUUUUGUGGUAGCUCAUGAAAUUGGCCACAAUUUAGGUAUGCGCCAUGAUAGCAUCGAUAAUGGCUGUGAACCCACCUCUCACAUAAUGUCACCAACACUGGGCAGUGGCAAAAUCACAUGGUCGAAAUGCUCACGAGAUUCAUUGAACUUGUUUUUGGAGAAAUCCCAAGCCAAAUGCCUGUUCAAUCGUGCAGAGUUUAAUCACAAUUUGGACCAUUCGGCAGAGGGCAUCCUGCCCGGAGAACGUUUCGAUGCCAAUCAACAGUGUAUGCUGAAAUAUGGCAAGGAGUCGACCAGGGCCCGUAGUCAAUCGUUGGCGGAUAUUUGUCGGGACUUACAUUGCCAGAGGGAUCGUUAUACAUGGACCUCGCAUCCAGCCUUGGAGGGUACUGCAUGUGGUGAUAAUAUGUGGUGUCGCAGUGGCUUCUGUGUUGUCAAGCGCAUCGAACCUUAUUCAGCCUCUAAGCAGACUGCAGGUCUUACAAAGGCAAAUUAUGACAAGGCCGCCUUUAUGGAUGGACCAAAGUCGGGAAAUUUGUUACACGAAUAUCAGAAGCCCUCUAGCAGUUGGAGUGAAUGGAGUGAGCCAAGUGCUUGUGAUUCCAGCUGCCUGUACGGCCCCUCAAAGCGCUUGAGUGAAGGUAGCACGGGUCUCAAAGUGUAUACCCGAAAAUGUGUCGACUACAAACGUCGCUGCAUUGGACGUGAUCAUAAAUUUGAGACGUGCGUUGCCAAACAAUGUUACAGUGUUCCCAUGCUCACGGUGGCCGAUUUUGCCAAACAAGUUUGUGAGAAGGCGAAAAAAUUCGAUGGUGAACUAACCGGUGAGGGGGAACAAAUAUCCGGCAACAUUGAAGAAUCAUGUAAAGUGUAUUGUAAAACUAAAACAAAUGGUACUAAAUCCCGUAGUUGGACAUUUCCUGAUGGCACAACAUGCAUUUCGAAACUGUAUCGCAAUGAUGAGCCAUCCUAUUGUAUUCAAGGACGUUGUGAAAAAUUCUCCUGCGAUAAUUCGACAAGUAAUUAUUAUAAAAUUGAUAAUAUCUUUUGUAAGCAGCAGGAUAGGAACAAUGAUAUGGAUAAUGAUACAAUACGACGUAGUUCUGCAUCGUCAUCAUCGUUGACAUAUCAAACGUAUGGCAAUCAAAUACCUAUGGGACCACCGGUAACAACGCAUGCCACAGCAACGGCGGCAUAUAAUAAUUAUGACGAAUAUAAAUAUCGCAGUAAUACCAACAGCAACAAUAAUAAUAAUAAACAUUAUUAUGAUCGUGGUCCAAGUGCGGAUCGUAUUUAUGGACCCACAACGGUGCGCAGUAAAUAUGAAAAUGAGGUUGCUGUUAAACCCUUCCAUGGCCAAUAUAAUCAUGACACGACCACCUAUCGUCGAAAAUCUGAUAAUUAUGCCCCCUGGAAUAAGUACAGUUAUCACGUGAACGAUCAUGUACCGUCCGAAUCCUCAUUCCCCAAAUCACCAACGUCAAUUGCGGUCGCUACACCCGGUCCCCUGGAAAGCAAUGAAAAUGUAUGGGUAGUAAAGUCGGGAUGUUAUUCAAGUUGUAUGGCUCGUUCCAAGGGUAUACAGGUGGUUAUGAAUCGCAAAACGGGUGAAAAGAAUAUACAGCUAUGUACGCACACAGUUAAGCCCUGUGAACGUCUGCAGACCACUGGAGAAUUUGCCGAUAAUACCUGUUCUGGGUAUAAGACCAAAGUUCGUGGUCUUUCGGGUCAUGGCAUUCAAAUCGCUGCCAGCGUUGAGAAUCCUGAUCGUAGCUGUCGUGUCGGUUGUCAAGAUGAAUUUAUACAACAUCGGUUCUAUUUAGUCAACGGCAAUUAUGGUCACUUCCCGCUGGGCACCCGUUGUUCGAAUAGCGAAGAUCGUUACUGUGUUCAAGGCAAAUGUUUGGAAUUUGGUCCAGAUCAUAUACCAUUGCAAAAAUCUCAUAUAAGUUUGGCACUAUUUCGCAGUCGGCGUUCGGCUAAGAAACAUCAACAACACACGAGAAAGAAGCGAAGUUUCCUAUACUACGAUCCGGUGAAUAUAACCGAAACAUUGACACAAGAUUUUAUCGAUAAUAUUGUAAACAGUAUUAUAAAUCUGGAAGCGAAUCAAAGGAAUGAAGAUUCACUUCUUGAUCAUCACAUCGAAUUUACAAAUCCCAUAACAUAUCCAAUGGAUGAAGAACACCACAAGGCCCAUGAACAUUAG